CAUGAGACGGCGUCAUAAACAUUUAAUUUUUGUAAUAUGUACAUUGUUUUCAAUUGGAUAUAUUUCAUUUAGAAUACUCUCUGGUAAUGAUCAAACUGAAUGGACUGAUGAAGUAGAAAACUCUCCAAAGAAAAUUACAGAAGCAUCUGAAUAUUAUGAAGAUGUGAAUUUUAUUAAAGAGCACAGACCACGUUUUGAGACGCCGGGUAAUGACAGACAGAAGAGAAUCUCUUCAUUACUAGAAAAAUACAGUAUUGACUGGCGUUCGCCUAUACAAGAAAAUAUUUGGCAUGUAGCUGAGAAAUGGGUGUCUGCUAGAAAGUUAUACCCAGAAAGUUCUCCGUUAAUAUCUAGCGUUCUGAGAUAUCUGAGUAGUGCUCCAAUUGUUAAAGCUGAUUUUGGCUACGGCGGAACGCAAUUGAAAAUAACCCUUCUUCUAGAAGGAGGUCAACUUGCCGUUUUUAAGCCAAGGUGGUAUCCAAGAGACUUUCUGGUAACUGGAGAGCCUUAUGCUGGCAGAGACAGGCAUAAUGCAGAAGUAGCCGCAUUUCAUCUCAACAGGCUUUUAAAUUUUUCCAGGGUGCCAAUUGUAGUUGGUAGAACAAUAGACUUAAGAAAUGAAAUUAAAAGCGUCGCUACUCCUAGAUUAAUAAACACAUUUUUUACUAGAGAAGGCAAUUUAUGCUUCUAUGGUAAAUGCCUUUACUGCAAAGGACCAGAUGACGGAGUCUGUGCCCAGGGAGAUAAAUUAGAAGGAGUUGUCAUAUUAUGGCUACCUAAAAAGCUUACAUUGGAAAAAUGGAAACAUCCAUGGAGACGAUCUUAUAAAGAAGGAAGACGAAUGAGAUGGGAAACUGAUGAUUCCUAUUGUAGAACAUUUGUCAAAAACACAUCUCCUUAUGACAAGCCACCUCGACUGUUAGAUAUAAUGGAUACGUGCAUUUUAGAUUUUCUCGUCGGCAAUGCUGAUAGGCAUAGAUACGAAACUUUUAAGAAUAUUAACAACAGUAUGCUCAUUAUACUAGACAAUGGCAAGAGCUUCGGAAAUCCUUUUGAAGAUGAAUUGUCAAUUUUAGCACCGUUUACUCAAUGCUGCCUUCUAAGGAGAUCUACAUAUGAGCGAUUGCAGAUGUUGACGGAUGGUGUUUUAAGCGAAGUUUUAAAAACCGUAAUGGAAUUAGAGCCUUUGGCUCCAGUUUUAACACAGCCUCAUCUUUUAGCCUUAGAUCGCCGUCUAAAAGUCGUUAUGGAUAAAGCCCAUUGGUGCAUGAAGCAAUACGGAGAAAUGAAUAUUCUAGUCGAUGAAUAA